CUCCAAGACGCGUCCUCAGCUCCCAAGACUCGUCCACAGCUCCAAGACUCGUCCUCAGCUCCAAGACGCGUCUCAGCCCCAAGACUCCGUCCUCAUUCCAAGACUCGUCCACAGCUCCAAGACUCGUCCUCAGCUCCAAGACUCGUCCUCAGCUCCAAGACUCGUCCUCAGCUCCAAGACCUCCGUCCUCAGCUCCAAGACUCCGUCCUCAGCCCAAGACUCGUCCUCGGCUCCAAGACUCGUCCUCGGCUCCAGGACUCGUCCCUCGGCUCCAAGACUGUCUCGGCUCUAAGACUCGUCUCGGCUCCAAGACUCUGGUCUCUGAGCCCAAGACUCGUCCUCGGCUCCAAGACUCGUCCUCGGCUCCAAGACUCGUCCCCGGCUCCAAGACUCGUCUCGGAGCCCAAGACUCGUCCUCGGCUCCAAGAAUCUGUCCUCGGCUCCAAGACUCGUCCUCGGCCCAAGACUCGUCCUCGGCUCCAAGACUCGUCCCUGCUCCCAAGACUCGUCCUCGGCUCCAAGACUCGUCCUCGGCUCCAAGACUCUCCUCGGUUUCCAAGACUCGUCUCGGCUUCCAAGACUCUUCCUCGGCUCCAAGACGCUGCCUCCUGCUCAAGACGCGCCCCGCUCCAAGACGCGUCCUCGCUCCAAGACGCGUCUUCGGCUCAAGACGCCGCCCGGCUCCAAGACGCGUCCUGGCCCAAGACGCGUCCUCGGCUCCCCAAGACGCGUCUCGGCUCCAAGACGCCCCGGCUCCAAGACGCGCCUCGCUCCAAGACGCCUCGCUCGAGCCUCGGCUCCAAGACGCCUCGGCUCCAAGACGCGUCUGCCUAAGACGCGUCUCGGCUCCAAGACGCGUCUCGGCUCCAAGACGCCCCGGUCAAGACGCUGCCUUCGGCUCCAAGACGCCCCGGCUCCAAGAUGCCUCGGCCCAAGACGCUGCGCCUCGCUCCAAGACGCUGGCCUCCGGCUCCAAGACGCGUCUCGGUUCUGCCUGUCCUCAAGCUCCAAGGCCUGUCUCGGCUCCAAGGCUCGUCUCGGUUCUCCAAGGCCUGUCUCGGCUCCAAGGCCUGUCCUCGGCUCUGCUCGUCUCGGCUCCGCUGUCUCGGCUCCAAGGCGCGUCUCGCUCCAAGGCGCCCUCGGCUCCAAGACGCGUCCUGGCCCAAGACGCGCCCUCGCUCCAAGACGCGUCCUCGGCUCCAAGACGCGUCUCGGCUCCAAGACGCGUCCUGGCUCUUAAGACGUCCUGCUCCAAGACGCCUCCCGGCUCCAAGACGCCCUCGCUCAAGACUCUGUCCUCUGCUCCAAGACUGCCCGUCUCGGCUCCAAGACUCUGUCUCGGCUCAAGACUCUGCCUCGCCCAAGACGCGCCUCGGCUCAAGACUCCGUCUCGGCUCCAAGAGCUCGUCUCGGCUCCAAGACUCCGUCUCGGCUCCAGACUCUGUCCUCGGCUCCAGAGAUCGGUCCUCGGCUCAGACUGUCUAAGGUGUCUCGCUCCAAGACCCGUCCUCGGCUCCAAGACCUGCCUCGGCUCCAAGACUUGCUCGUCCUCGGCCCAAGGCUCUCGUCCUCGCCCAAGGCCUGUCCUCGGCUCCAAGGCUCGUCCGGCUCCAAGGCCUGUCUCUCGCUCCAAGACGCGCCUGCUCCAGACGUCCCGGCUCCAAGACGCGCCCUCGCCCAAGACGCUCCCGGCUCCAAGACGCGCCCCGGCUCCAAGACGCUCCUCGCCUCAAGACGCCUCGGCUCCCAAGACGCGUCUCGCUCACGUCCGGCUCCAAGACGCCCGCUCAAGAUCGCCCCCGGCUCCAAGAUGUGCCCCUCCAAGACGUUGUCUCGGCUCCAAGACUCCGGCUCCUGGCUCCAGAUUCUGUCCCGGCUCCAAGACUGUCUCUGGCUCCAAGACUCGUCUCGGCUCCAAGACGUCUCGGCUCCAAGACUCUGCCCCUCGGCUCCAAGACUCUGCCUCGUCUAAGACUGCCUGCCUCAAGACGUCUCUGGUUCCAAGACUCGCCCGGCUCCAAGACUCGUCUCGGGCUCCAAGACUCCGCCUCGGCUCCAAGACCUGUCUCUGGCUCCAAGACUCCGUCCUCGGCUCCAGACUCCGUCCUCGCCUCCAAGACUCUGUCUCGGCUCCAAGACUCCGUCCGGCUCCAAGACGCGCCUCAGCCCAAGACGCGCCUCAGCUCCAAGACGCUGCCUCAGCUCCAAGACGGCUCCUCAGCUCCAAGACGGCCUCAGCUCCAGACGUGUCCUCAGCCCAAGACGCGCCUCAGCUCCAAGACUCGUCCACAGCUCCAAGACUUCGUCCACAGCUUCCAAGACGCGCUCUCGGCUCCAAGAGCGUUGUCCAAGAUUUGCCUCGUUCCAAGACGCUGCCUCGGGUUUCAAGACGCCUCGCUCCAAGACGCGUCUCGGCUCGACGUCUCGGCUCAAGACGCUGCCUCGGCUCUGACGCCUCGCCCAAGACGCGUCCUCGGCUCCAAGACGCCUCGGCUCCAAGACGCUCCUCGCUCCAGACUCUGUCUCGGCUCCAGAUCGCCCUCGGGUUCCAAGAUCUGUCUCGCUCCAAGACUCGUCUCGGCCCAAGACUGCCGUCUGCCCAGAGCUCGUCUCGGCUCCAAGGCUCGCUCGGCUCAAGGUUCGCUCCUCGGCUCUGCUCGUCCCCGGUUCUAGGCGUUUCGUCUCUCGGCUCUGCUCGUCUCUGUUCUCCAAGGCUCGCUCUAAGACGCGUCCACGUUUCCAAGACGUCUGCUCAUGACGCGCCCGGUCCCAAGACGCCUCGUCCAAGACGCGCCUGUUUCCAAGACGCGCUCCUCGCUCCAAGACGCUGCCUCGGUCCAAGACGCGUCUCGGCUCCAAGACGCGCCCUGCUCCGGGCGUGUCCCGGUUCAAGACGCGUCUCGGUCCAAGACGCGUCCUCGGCUCCAAGACGCGUCUCAGCUCCAAGACGCGUCCUCAGCUCCAAGAUGCGCCUCAGCCCAAGACGUCUCCAGCCCAAGACGCGUCCAGCUCCAAGACGCGUCCUCAGCUCCAAGACUCGUCCUCAGCUCCAAGGACUCUGUCCACAGCUCCAAGACUUGUCCACAGCUCCAAGACCUGUCCACAGCUCCAGACGCGCGCCACAGCUCCAAGACUGUCCACAGCUCCAAGACGCGUCCACAGCCCAAGACGCGUCCACAGCUCCAAGACGCGUCCACAGCUCCAAGACGCGUCCACAGCUCCAAGACUUCGUCCACAGCUCCAAGACUCGUCCACAGCUCCAAGACUCUGUCCACAGCUCCAAGACUUGUCCACAGCUCCAAGACUCUUCACAGCUCCAAGACACCUAA